GAGCCAUUAGUUAGCAUGUCUGUAUUACAUUGUGUGUGCUGCUCUGAAAGCUUGUGGCGAGCUGUAGGUAAAACUUGCCUACUGAUCAGUUACACGACCAAUGCGUUUCCUGGAGAAUACAUCCCCACCGUCUUCGACAACUAUUCUGCCAAUGUUAUGGUAGAUGGAAAACCGGUGAAUCUGGGCUUGUGGGACACGGCUGGACAAGAAGAUUACGACAGAUUACGUCCCCUCUCCUAUCCACAGACAGUUGGAGAAACGUAUGGUAAGGAUAAAACCUCCAGGGGCAAAGACAAGCCGAUUGCCGAUGUAUUCUUAAUUUGCUUUUCUCUUGUGAGCCCUGCAUCAUUCGAAAAUGUUCGCGCAAAGUGGUAUCCUGAAGUGCGACACCAUUGUCCCAACACUCCCAUCAUCCUGGUGGGGACUAAGCUUGAUCUUAGGGAUGAUAAAGACACGAUUGAGAAACUGAAAGAGAAGAAGCUGACACCCAUCACCUACCCGCAGGGCUUAGCCAUGGCUAAGGAGAUUGGUGCUGUGAAAUACCUGGAGUGCUCCGCUCUCACGCAGCGAGGCCUCAAGACAGUGUUCGACGAAGCCAUUCGCGCCGUUCUCUGCCCGCCUCCUGUCAAGAAAAGGAAGAGAAAGUGCCUGCUGUUGUAAACAUCCGGGUCCCUCUUCCCUGCUGCCCUGUCCCCUCGGAACCUUUGUACGCUUUGCUCAGAAACGAUGGAGCCUUCGCACUCAAUGCCAAGUUUUUGUUACAGAUUAGUUUUUCCAUAAAACCAUUUUGAAUCAAUCAGUAAUUUUUAGGUUUUGUUUAAAGUGUAAGAGUUCAAACUUUCACAUUCUAUUAAAAUUUAGCCCUAAAUGACACGCUUUCUUAAAGCCUUAUUUUUCAAAAGCCCCUAUUCUUGCUCAGAUUAAGAGUUGCCAAAAUACCUUGUGAAUUAAACUGCAUUGUUGUGCUAAGAACACUAAGCACUAAACCGUUUAAAGAACUUUGUCUUAAGAAGACGGUAGCGUCUGAAGUUAGGACAGGCAGACACUCUAACUCGUUUCCCAUGCGAGCAGUGCAGCCGCCUUCAUGAAAUGUUGCCAUUUAACUAACGCAUCGCUAAGUUUCCAGCCCGUGUUCAUCCCUUGCGCUGUACUGUGUGUCCUAAUGGAUCAGUCUUUUUGAUUUUGUAGGAAGAUUUUUUUAAAAAUUAGUGUACUAGCUUUUACUGAAAUUUUGAACAGAGCUCUUCCGUGUUCCCUCUGAUGAAGUCUGCGCUAGCCGUGGGUGCACUGGGGUGGAGUGUGGGAACACGUGGUGUGAUCAAAGGAUGAAGACAGUAUUUCGACAGAAUAUGAAGUGAUUUACACUACAUUGUACACGUAAUAAUUAAACCGAAUAAAAGUGUCACGGGUAAGAUUUUAAACAGGUUAAUUUCUGUCAAAUGCAGCAGGUGAAGAAGUUGGUAUUAAUCAGUAAGUGUUUUCUUAAGCUUUUUCUUAACCCUGCAGUCCCUCCCGAAAUUGGGCAUUUAUUCCUUUGACUGGUCAUUCCCAUAGUUGCUAACUUAGUGCUUUUCUUAUAGAACCUUCUUAAUGAGCAAUAUGCCUCUUUGUAUUAUAAAAUCUUUCUUGAUAAUGCAUUAGAAAUUUUUUUGUAGAUUAGAAGUGCAUUCCUGUUUUCGCGUUACUUUACUCCAGCUAAUUAGUGCUUUCCUUAGUUUUCUAGUAACUAGGUGUAAAAAUCAUGUGUUGCAUCUUUACAGUUUUUAAAAUAUUUUAGAUAUUCUUAAACUAUGAACUUCGUAACAUCACUGUCUUGCCAGAUCACCAACACUGUACCUUGACCAAUGCCGACCCCUCUGCCUCCGCCGCGUGGACACACUUCCUGUUGCCCUGCCUAACAGUGUUCCUUUGGGUCUGUGAGGGGCUGUACACCCCAUGCUCGUGGUAACGAAGUUCUGUAAACUCAGCCACUGGCAAGAAUACAAGGUUGGACCUUUCAACCACUAGAACAAAAUUUUUUAAAUUGACAGUUGCAGAAUUGUGGAGUGUUUUUACAUUGAUCUUUUGCUAAUGCAAUUAGCAGUAUGUUUUGCAUGUAUGACUUAAUAAAUCCUUGAAUCACA